AAGCGGUACCGAAAAUGAAGCCAAAUUUAUUUAUGUAUGCAUGCAUAUUUUGUAAGUAUAUAUGUCUCUCUAAAACCCUUUCGUGUCUGUUUGUUUUCAAACCCUCCCGCGAAGCAAUUUUUCGCAUUUUCUAGAUGCCCUCGUAAAAUUGAGAGCGAAUUCCAAUUGUUUGUGAAAGGAGAGGGCUUUUCUCGCAUACACACUUAUAUACUCGAUUCAAGUAAUUCGAUUGGUUUAAUUGGAUCUUCAACUGAGUGAUUCAGUUCCCGGCAGAUCUGGUUUUUUAGUGGCUGUUUUUUUAUUUGAUUAGUUUUUGAGUUAAUUUGGUUGAGUUCAAUGGAAGACGGUAAUCAGCCGAGCCUCGAUCGCUUCGCCCCCAUUCAGUCCCCUGGUGACCGAGCUGUUGAGAUACAUACUUUGCCUGAACAGCAUCCCUCACCAAAAGGUGAAAGGAUUGUUUCUACAAAUCCUUCUCCAGAUACUGCCAUUUCGGGUGCCUCAAGAACCACCAAAGAUCAGCCAGCAACUUCAGAACCAAGUGGAACUCUUUCUGCAGUGCAUCCAUAUAAUGCAUAUACCCCUCAAGAACAGGGUUACUAUUUCGGAGGUUAUGAAAAUGGCAGUGGUAACUGGGACGAACAUUCUAACUAUGUUAAUGCAAACAACUUACAUGUCAUACCUCCAGGAAUGUACAAUGAUAAUUCUUCACUCUUCUUUCCACCAAGCUAUGGCUUCGACUCCCAGAUGGCAUAUGGACAGUUCUCCCCGCUGGCUAGCCCCAUGUCUUCAAUAAUGAUUGAUGGUCAGCUGUUUUCUCCACACCAAAUGCCUGUGACUCCCCCUUACUAUCCGCCAGCAGUUUCACCUGGCCCACCCCAUGCUACUUCGGGACUUCCAGCUUCACAGACUGAAUUAAUGCCAUCCGGAAAUAGCAGCCAAGAAAAUCUUAUUGACAAUGCAUUUUUUGGCCCAGGAUCUUAUUAUCUACCAUUUGGUUCUUUUGGUGGUGGAGAUAUUUCUGGGAAUAGUGGUCAUGGUCUUUAUAAUUUCCCUGGCGAGUUUGCAUCCAACGAACCAAUGCCAAGCCGCUCGAGUUCCUUAGAUUCUAGCAGGUUCAUGUCUCCAUUAAAUUCUGGAAAUGUGUAUCCUCAACCUAUUGGCAUACUUGGAUCGUAUGAGCAAAAUGUUGGACAGGCACCAUAUCAGGGUUAUGGUUUAACGAUGAACUCCUCGGCUAGGCAUUUUGCCCAUAGUGGUUCUUACCAGAAUACUCUUGGGCCAAAUUCCAACCGGAAUCGAUUUACUGGCGACAGAGGUGGAAGACGUGAUAGGGAUAGGGACACUGUCAAUAUUUCUACAGACACGCUUGGUAGUUCUGGUGAUCGGAACCGAGGACCUAGGGCCUCAAAGCCUACAAGCAAGAAUUCCCCUGAAGAGGGAUCAUCUGCUAGCAUUAAAGAUGUUGAAUCUACCUCUAGGUUUCAUGUCCAACAUUUUAACUCCCCGGAUUUCAUAACCGAUUAUGAGCGUGCAAAAUUCUUUGUCAUCAAGUCAUUCAGUGAAGACAAUAUCCAUAAAAGCAUUAAAUACAAUGUUUGGGCCAGCACACCACUUGGAAACCGAAAAUUGGAUGCUGCGUAUAAUGAAGCAAAAGAAAUGGAGGGCAUUUGUCCAGUCUUCCUCUUUUUCUCUGUCAAUGCUAGUGGACAGUUUUGUGGAGUAGCUGAGAUGGUUGGACCUGUUGACUUUGAGACUGAUGCUGAUUACUGGCAGCAGGAUCGGUGGAGUGGUCAGUUUCCGGUUAAAUGGCAUAUUAUCAAAGAUGUACCCAACAGUCGCUUCCGUCACAUACUUCUUGAAAAUAAUGACAACAAGCCUGUUACUCACAGUCGAGACUCACAAGAGGUGAAACUAGAACAGGGAAUUGAAAUGUUAAUGAUCUUCAAGAACCAUGAUGCUGAGACCUCUCUUCUUGAUGAUUUCAACUUCUAUGAUGAGCGAGAGAAAGCCUUGCUGGAGAGGAAGGCAAAACAGCGAACUACUCCAACUGGAAAUACGACUGCUAGUCUUGCUACGGAUUCAAUAAAUCAAUUGUCAGAUAAUUUGGCGGACACUCUCCAGUUAGAUGGUGUUAAAAGUCUCUCGAACAAAGACGUGGAUUAGGUCCCAAUCUUGAGACGCCAGCAGACCGCAACUGCUUGUAUUAGUUGAGAAUUGGCAUUGGAGGUUGCUGACUGGGAUCAUUGAGGUGACAUUUAAUUUGUCCCAUGCUUGCCGUCACCGCUUGCGCUGCAUAAUCUCUGCCCCUUAGUAUUAUCUCAUUUUCUGUGUGUGUGAGUACUUGGUUGUUAUUUAUUUCCCUCAGGUAAGAAAGGAGGCCGAAAUCCGAGAUAGUCCUCAUACUUCUUUAUGUCUUUCUCCGUCUCCUCCUCCGUCGGUCUUGUUCAUUUGUUGCAUAAUUGUUUCUUGUUAAGAUUGUAGUUCUAGGCAUGGGAGGGUUAGAGGCCUCACAUGCCUGGUAUUUACUGCCUCUUUUCUUUUCUUUUCUUUUUUUCUUUCUUUUUCUUCUAUUUUACAUUUUCUUGGUUCAAGUGCGGGGCAAUUAUUUAAGCUGCUAGGCAGUAGCAAUUUGUAUAAGCCUCAAAAUAGGUGGCAGUUUAUGAAAGGAAUGCAGCUAGAUUAUUACAUCAAUGGAAUGAAUAGUUGUCCUUUGUUAAA